AUGGGUUCGACAAAACAUAUAGGUGUACUCCUUGUUCUAUCGCUUCUUUCAAGUGUUUGCGCCUCGACAGUCCCUUGGUAUCAGCUUAACGAUGGACGUAGGAUGCCAGGCAUUGGCUUAGGCACAUGGUUUGGCAUGCAAAAUACGACGCAUGCGGCAGAAGUGUUUCCCGAUAAAAUGGAGCAAGCCGUGGUCUGGGCAGUCGAUGCUGGUUACCGACUUUUUGAUGUUGGCGUGAUCUACCAAACGGAAGAAGCGCUGGGUCGAGGUAUUCAAAGAAAGAUUGCUGAAGGAGCCAUAAAGAGAGAAGAUGUUUUCAUAACAGAUAAGCUUUGGAACGAUGCACACGCACGCGAUGCUGUGGUGCCUGCUUUGCGCAGGUCUUUAGAAAAGCUUUCUAUGGAUUACGUGGACUUGUACCUCAUACACUUCCCCGUCGGACAAUUUGAAAACGGCACAUAUGACCUUACCGACUACCUAGAGACUUGGGAAGGCAUGAUCGAAGCUAAGCGGCUAGGCCUGGCUAAAUCUAUAGGAGUGUCAAAUUUUAAUCCGCAUAUGAUAGAGAGGGUUAUUAAAAAUUCAAACGUUAAGCCGGCGGUGGCGCAGUUUGAGCUAAACUUGCAAAUACAGCAACCUUCUCUGCUGAAGUAUUGCCGUGAAAAUGAUAUAGCUGUAAUGGCUUAUUCACCCUUCGGAUCCAUUUAUCACCACCAAGCCCUGCCGGGCGCGCCGCCGCCGCGCGUCGAUGACCCUGUCCUCAAGCAGAUAGCUGACAACCACAACAAGACGGUGCCACAAAUCGUCUUGAGACAUCUGAUUGAACUCGGAGCUAUCCCUAUACCGAAAUCGAUAACGGAGUCGAGAAUAGAAGAUAACAUGGACGUGUUUAAUUUCCAACUAUCGCGCGAGGAGAGAGUGUUCUUAGGCGGCUACGAUGUAAACUAUAGAACUGGAAAGAUAUGGUCCGACUCACCUUAUUAUUUAACAAGAACAUUAUAUUUUUAA